GUCCCCCCGGGCGCCGCGGCCCGGCCUUUCAGUUCCCCUUCCCGCCCGCUCUCCGCCCGCUCUCUCGCUCGCCAUGCCCGGCUCGUCGGUGCCUCGGCGCGGUGGCGGGCCGGCCUCCUCUUCCGCGGCCGCCUCCUCCUCCUCGGCCUCCCCGCAGGUGUCGGUGUUUCCCUCGCCGCAGGAGCUGGGCUCGGCCCUGGCGCAGCUGGUGGCGCAGCGGGAGGCGCAGUCCGGGCCCGGGCGCUUCUCGCUGGGCCUCUCGGGGGGCAGCCUGGUGCGCCUCCUGGCCCAGGAGCUGCCCCCCGCCGCCGCAGACCCCUCCCGGUGGCUCCUGGCCUUCGUCGACGAGCGCCGCGUCCCCCUCGACCACCCCGAGAGCACCUUCGGCGCCUACAAGACAUAUCUCCUUCCCAAACUUGCUGUACCUGAGGACCAAAUUGUUGUUAUCAACCCUUCACUAUCGGUAGAAGAAGCAGCUGCAGAUUAUGCUGCAAAGCUGAAAGAGGCCUUCCAGGGUGACGAUAUGCCUGUGUUUGACCUCUUGAUCUUGGGAGUGGGGCCGGAUGGACAUACCUGUUCACUCUUCCCAGAUCAUCCCCUCUUGCAGGAGCGGGAGAAGAUAGUGGCUGCCAUUAGCGAUUCUCCAAAGCCACCUCCGGAGCGGAUCACCCUGACCCUCCCGGUGCUGAAUGCUGCGAGGAGCGUGGUGUUCGUUGCCACUGGAGAUAGCAAGGCUGCUGUGAUAAAGCGUAUUUUGGAAGGCGAUGAGGAAAACCCGCUGCCAGCUGCCCUUGUCCAGCCUCAUACUGGGAAGCUGUAUUGGUUUUUGGAUGAGACAGCUGCAAAGGAGUUGACGAUUCCCUUUGAGAAGCACUCCAUCUUGUAGAACCGCAUCUCCCACAUCCUUUUGGGUUGGGGGGAAUCCACCAAAUGUGGGUUUUGGGUAGAGCCCUGGCCCACUAACAUUCCAGGGCACGGUCUCCACGUCUGGUUGUAGCGCUCAGGAGCGGCACUAAACUAACACGCACUCUUUCUCUCUUUUUCUCUUUCUUUUCCUUCUUAUUUUUUUUUAAAGAUGGUACAUUUGUGGAGCACUGUGUAACUGAUAUGAUUAUUUCUUUAGCCAGGAAAAAAUGUGAAAUGGGACUCCUUGGGUCCAGCUACUAUAUGUCAAGGGAGUCACAGGGAAUGGCGUUAUAUACAGUCUUUGAUCAUGUGAACGGUCUAAUGUGGUGUACAAGUGAAUGCACAAUUAAAGAUGUAAAUUAAAGCCA